AUGGCGAUAUUAGAAACUCGUAGACAAAAACAAACUGUCAUUGUCAUUGGGGUUUAUGGUUUAACCAUAUAUACACUUUACAGCACUUUCAGGCAGUCACAUUCUUUUGUGCAAUGGACAAUUAAAUUAAAUCAAGGUUUCAGUUUUAUUAUUCUAUCUGCGUUUAUGUUGCUAAAUUUCCUAUUAAUUUGGCAAGGGUUGACUACACUGUUAUUUGGUGAAUUACGAAUCAUUGAGCAGGAACAUAUCUUUGAGAGAUUACCAUUAAUUGUAAUACCCAUGAUUAUGAUUGUAUCGCAAUUUAACAGUUCACAAAUGUUUAAUGUCCUGCUGUUCAGUGUCGGAUUCUUGAUUAUGCAAGUGUUUACCUGGAUAUUAAAAGAUAGAUUAGAGGGACUUCUGCAAACAAUUAAUGAGCAUACCACUCUCACCAAAUUGGUGUUCUCUAAUUUUAUGAGAAAUAUGAUCAUUUUUGCAAUUUUAAAUUAUUUCACUACAAAAUAUACAUUCUUUGAUAAUUUGAAACCAUUUUAUAAAGAUAUUAAUUCAGUCAAUAUUAUAUCGAUUACGUUUGGUUACAACUUCGCUUCUAUCCUUAAUCAAUAUUUGAAUCUUCUAUUUCAUACCAUAUUGAAUUUUUAUGCAUUUUAUUACACUAAUUCAUCUAGACAUCAUAAUCAACAUAAUCACCAUAUUAACCUUAAUUCAGAUGAGAUUGAAAGUUCUGAUGAUGAUGACGACGAUGAUGAUGAACGAGAAUUUGAAGGAAAAUUCAUGUAUGAGAAAUAUAUCGAUGUUAUUACGAAACUUUUUGAUGUUAUAUUGGAUUUAACAUUUGGUAUCCCAUUUAAAUUCAGGACUUUUUAUAUUAAGGAUUUAGUGAUGGAUACUGUAAUCUUAGUGAAAAGAAGUGUAGAUAUAUAUAAGAUGUGGAAAAACAAUAAGAAACUGAGUGAUAAACUGCCUGAUAUUAUACCAGAAGAUUUAAUUGACCAUGAUAACAUCUGUAUUGUAUGUAUGGACAACUUAUUAGAGCACACACAUCAAAGGAAACAUAAAAUUGAAGUUCCUAAUGAGGAUCAAGAAAUUUUAUUCACACAAGAAGAUAUUAAAUCGAUGAAUAAAAAUAAGAGACCCAAAAUCUUGCCCUGUGGCCAUAUGUUACAUUUUUCAUGUUUAAAACAUUGGAUGGAGAGAUCACAAACCUGUCCAACUUGUAGAUUACCUGUAUUUGAUGAAAAGGGGAAUGUAAAACCUGUUCAACAUCAUAAACCAUAUCAAAGGAACUCGACAAUAAAUCCUCAGUCUCCAACACCGACCCCGACACAAGAUACUCAUACCUCUAAUCGCUCGGUAGAAUCUUCUAUUUCUGAUAUCGAUAAUAUGACUGGUUCCAAUAAAACUACACAUUCAGGAUCACCCUCACCAACAAUAUCGACAGCCACAGAAGAAGCACAAAGAAAAGAAAUAUCUCCAAUCUUAAAUAGAAGGAUGAUGGAAACAAGACAAAAAAAUAAAUCAUUAAAAUAUGGUGAAUGGUCGGUAUUUCAGGUAAAAGAAAAAAAUGCAGAUGGUUCAAACAUUAAAUUUGAAGUAAAAGAUGAUAGUUCAAAUACAACACAGGUUGAAUUAAUCGUUACACCAAAUGAAAAUCUUCAAAAUUCAAUCAUUACUAUCCCAGACACAUACCUGGAAGGUAGAAGACAUAUUUAG